CUCCUUUUCGGCCUAGUGGCGCGUAACGCGGCGGCGGCGAGCCGCGGGAGCUUGAGCGGUGGAAGUGGCCGGGCCGCGCCGGCGACAUGCUGCCCCUGUCCUUGCUGAAGACAGCUCAGAACCACCCCAUGCUGGUGGAGCUGAAGAAUGGGGAGACGUACAAUGGGCACCUGGUGAGCUGCGACAACUGGAUGAACAUCAACCUGCGGGAGGUGAUCUGCACGUCCCGGGAUGGGGACAAGUUCUGGCGCAUGCCUGAGUGCUACAUCAGGGGCAGCACCAUCAAGUACCUGCGCAUCCCGGACGAGAUCAUCGACAUGGUGAAGGAGGAGGUGGCGGCCAAGGGCCGUGGGCGCGGCGGCCUGCAGCAGCAGAAGCAGCAGAAGGGCCGGGGCCUGGGCAGCGCGGGCCGAGGUGUGUUUGGGGGCCGGGGCCGCGGCGGGAUCCCGGGCACGGGCCGCGGGCAGCCUGAGAAGAAGCCGGGCAGGCAGGCGGGCAAGCAGUGAGGGCGCGUCGGAGCCUCUGUGGGACCCUGUUUUCCUGUUUGAGCCCGUCUGCACCACGGGACCAGGGGUAUGGCAAGUUUGCGGGCCCCCGCAGCAGAGUUUCUGGAACGUUCCACACGGGUGUCCGCGGGUAUCUGAGCCCCACUGUGGUGGUGGUCAUUCUCCUGUGGGAGCCACUACCUCCUGUGGCCGGCAAGGCCGGGUCUUUAUUUUCAGCCGGUACCCCAAGACUGAGCCAGAAGCGUCCCAGUCACCCCAAGUUGCCUUCCACAAGCGCAGGUCCAGCCUGUACCUCUCCUUCUCUGUGGCAAAAUAAAGCAUCUAUGUUGACUAAA